AUGGAGAUCAUGACUGUAUCCCCCUCGGCCGGGGUCAAGAAAUUGGCCUGUCGCGUGUGUCAGAAGGGAUUUACCAAGGCUGAACAUCUUCGAAGACAUGAGCGAUGUCAUACUGGGGCCAAACCAUAUGUCUGCAAGGAAUGUCGUCGUCCCUUUGCCCGACAAGAUGCUCUCACCCGUCAUGAGAAACUACAUCAGCGGGACUUGAAUGCCAAACAUGACCCGCCGUUGGCUUCGGUGCCUCCGUCUGCAUCUCUAGACUCUAUGGCCUCGGGGGAUACUCGUAGUGCAUCGACUGCAGGGCCAGCCUCGACAUCAGCUACCAGCCAUUCGUGGGACGAAUCACACUCAGCUCAUACGUCGAGUAUGCAAAAUGUUGCUACGGAUUUAGACUUCGCUCUCAUUUGGCCCGAUUCCGAGAACCUAUUCCAAAGCUUAAUGUCCUCCGACACCACAGACCAAUGGGAGAUGCCUUUGGGAACACUACCCUUUCCACCUGUCGUACAGGAUAUCAAUACCAUGAACUUCGGGUCACCUAGCUCGUUUGACGAUCGGUCCUCCUCGGUGGGGACGAUCCCAUCCGGUGAAGGUCACCAGGCCGUGCGUGAUGUGACGGAGAUGAUUACUAGUUCAUCCUCAAGUGUCACUGCUGCGGUAAAAGCCACUUCUAUAACCUCGGUCUUCCUUGAUGAGUGUCUCCACAUGUUCUUUGUCCGAUUUAUUCCAACAUUCCCCAUCUUGCAUCGUGCAACAUUUGUGUUUCGGGAAUGUACCCAUGCUUUGCUUUUGAAUGCUAUUGCUAUCGGGUCGUUGUAUCUGGGCCCUAGUGAUUCGGUCGCAAAGGGUGAAGCGUUGUGGAGGCUAGCACAUGCUGCCGUGGCGACCUCCUGGCAAUCACUUAUCACGCACAAUGGUGCAUACGAUGCUUGCAAAGGGGUACAGCUCAUGAUCACCGCCUUGUUGGGUCAAAUAUACGGGGCGCUAUCUAAAAAUCGGGCAAUCCGGACCACAAGUCAGGUCUUCCGUCCCCUCGGCUUUUUCUGGGCACGUCACUGUGGCAUGUACGACAGCCAGCCAUAUUCUAUGGAAAAUUUGCCCUCGGUCGAUGCUCCCCCUGCGGAGAAGGAACAUCAGUGGCGGGUUUGGUCUGCACGGGAGAUCCAACAGCGUGCCCUACUAGCGUACUACGUCCUCGAUGGACUCGUUGCCCAGAUGUCCGGCGACGGUGCGUCAGCUCGCCAUGUCUCUAACCCUCUAGGCCUUCCCAGCAGCGAAUCCGCUUUUGAUGCCAGCACACCGGAUGAAUGGCUAGCACACAUGCACUCGCAAAAGCUAGACCAAUCCUCAUUCAAAGUUAUAUUUCGUUCUCUCUUCCCGCCGGUCGGGAACUUCCGCCCUUUGGACUAUUCAUUUUCUGCCUUUGGACUUCGAGUUGUUCUUGAGGGCCUCCAGUCUUUGAUAUCCGAUUGUGAUGAUCAUGAGCUAGCUGUUGGUGUGCCCGGACCCUCUGAUGUAAGAAGAGCUCUUGCUCAGGUCCAUGAAACGAUAUCGAUGAGCAUUCAUUUUUCAGCUGCUGAGCGACUGGAGCUUUUAUUACGUUGGCACACGGUUUGCCUGGACACCAUGAUCAAUUCGACGGUUCUCUCCCGCUAUGUGUGUUCUCGCUAUAAUAUUCAUCAGCAUGUCUCUGGUGGGAGUCGGGAUGUCCGAGCGGACUUUGACCUCAUCAAAUGGGUUAAUAGUGAAGACGCCCACCGUGCAGUACUUCAUGCGAUUGCCAUUCAAGAUAUUGUUGAACAAUUACCUCGUGGCCGUGCCCAUGUGGUCCACAUGCCUAGCUCGCUGUUUGCAGCAGCUACAGUGUAUGUCGUCUUCUCACUUGCCGGCGCGGCGACCGUCCAUCUUCCUCGAACAAUUGUGUGGCAAGAUGCCUUGCUUUCACAUUCUGAUCUCAAUAUCGAUCACGACGAAAUGCGGCCUCCAUCGGGCUCAGAAACUCGACGAUUUGUAGAAUCGGAGCAGGUGAUGUCCCCUUCGCCUAUCGGUGGUGGCGCUGUUCGAAAUCUUCUGUACGAGUUGAACUCGAUGCAAAAGCUCUUCCGCUGCCUCUCCUCGCAGUGGGGAAUUGCGCGUGAUAUGGAAGAAAUCAUUGCCCAGUGGAUUCAGAUUUGUCACUGA